GCAUGCGCGCACGGGGCCCGCUGGUCUGACGGGCUGUUCCUAAAUGGCAUUGCUGGCGGGAAAGUUGAGCCUGAGGAGCUGACGGGGCAAUGUGCAGCGACUUUCGCAAGGCCGAAUCCGGGACGGAGCUCCUUGCCCGGCUUGAAGGCAGAAGCUCCUUGAAAGAACUAGAACCCAACCUGUUUGCUGAUGAAGAUUCACCAGUGCAUGGUGAUAUUCUUGAAUUUCACGGUCCAGAAGGAACGGGAAAAACAGAGAUGCUUUAUCACCUGACAGCCCGAUGUAUACUUCCAAAGUCGGAGGGCGGACUGCAGAUAGAAGUCUUAUUUAUUGAUACAGACUACCACUUUGACAUGCUUCGGCUGGUGACUGUUCUUGAGCAUAGACUGUCACGGAGCUCCGAGGAGACCAUAAAGCUCUGCCUGGGCCGAUUCUUCCUGGCCUACUGCAGCAGCAGCAUGCAGCUGCUGCUCACGCUGCACUCCCUGGAGGCUCUGUUCUGUAGCCACCCCUCUCUCUGCCUUCUCAUUGUGGACAGCCUGUCGGCUUUCUACUGGACAGACCGCGCCAGCGGAGGGGAGAGCGUGGCCCUGCAGGAAUCUACUCUGAAGAAGUGUUCUCAGCUCCUAGAGAGGCUCGUCGCUGAGUACCGCUUGCUGCUGUUCGCAACAACACAGACUCUAAUGCAGAAAGCCGCGGGUUCAGCAGAGGAGCCUUCCUCCUCCAAGCACGCGGGCGAGGGAGACGUGGACUACAGAGCCUAUCUCUGCAAGGCUUGGCAGAGGGUCGUGAAGCACAGGGUCAUCUUCUCCAGAGAGGAGGAGGCCAAGAGCAGCCGGUUCUCGUUAGUGUCACGUCACUUAAAGAGUAACAGUUUAAAAAGACACGUUUUUAUGAUCCGAGAAAGUGGGGUGGAGUUUUGUUGAUCGCUAUCAUCAGAAAGCUUUUGAGACCUCUAAGGCACGUCUUAUAAAGUCUUCUGUUGGCUGAAGUGGUUUGAUUCCAAAGUUGUUGAUUCCGCGGAAAUUAAUAUAAACAGUACAGUAAAACUCGAAGCUGCUCUGUCCCUCUAGACUGUGGACGGUCAGUGGGCACACUGCACUCCACUGAGCUUGUUUUGGAACUCAAUAAAUGAUACACGGUUCAGACUGA